AUGGAAGCUAACAUUAUUAUCAUAUUUAUGGUGUUAGCUACCACUUCAGCCUAUUUCCUAUGGUUCCACCACCUUUCUCGUCGUCUUUCUGGACCGAAAGUCUACCCUUUCUUCGGUAGCCUUCCGGUUCUUUUCUUAAACAGGUCCCGAAUCCAUGACUGGAUCGCGGGAAACCUACGUUCAACGGGUGGUGGAACUUAUCAAACCACCACAAUAGCAAUACCUUUCUUUGCACGUAAACAAGGGUUUUAUACGGUUACUUGUAACCCGAAAAACAUUGAACAUAUACUUAGAACACGGUUUGAUAACUACCCGAAAGGACCAACAUGGCAAACCGCUUUUCAUGAUCUCCUUGGUCAAGGGAUAUUCAAUAGUGAUGGCGAAACAUGGCUGAUACAACGAAAAACCGCGGCUUUGGAGUUUACGACACGGACACUACGCCAAGCCAUGGCUAGGUGGGUUAGUCGUACUAUUAAAACAAGAUUAUGGUGUAUUUUGGAGAAAGCAUCUAAUGAACAUUUUCCAGUUGAUUUGCAAGAUCUUUUACUUCGGUUAACAUUUGAUAACAUUUGUGGGUUGACAUUUGGUAAAGAUCCGGAAACAUUAUCGACCGAGUUAUCCGAGAAUCCAUUUGCAACCGCUUUUGAUUCCGCAACCGAAGCAACGCUACAAAGGCUAUUGUAUCCGGGGUUUUUGUGGCGUUUGAAGAAGCUUAUAGGGAUUGGAGCGGAAAUGAGACUCCGAAAAAGCCUUCAGGUUGUCGAAAACUAUAUGACCGAGGCAUUAACUGCUCGUAAAUUAAACCCGUCAGAUGAUCUUCUGUCAAGGUUUAUUAAAAAACGUGAUGUUGAUGGGAAUAUAUUCCCAAAUGAUGUUUUGAAACGUAUUGCUUUAAACUUUGUGCUAGCCGGGCGCGACACAUCAUCUGUCGCGCUCAGCUGGUUUUUCUGGUUGGUCAUGAAUAACCCAUUGAUAGAAACAAACAUUAUCAAUGAGUUGACCACAGUAUUAAAAGAUACACGUGGCAGCGAUUCCAACACAUGGGUUUCGGACCCUUUGACUUUUGAUGAGGCUGAUAGAUUGGUGUACCUAAAAGCUGCUUUAGCAGAGACUCUCCGCUUGUAUCCAUCAGUCCCAGAGGAUUUCAAGUACGUCAUAAACGAUGACAUUUUACCAGAUGGAACUAGGGUCCCAUCUGGUUCAACAGUGACGUACUCGAUAUACUCUGUAGGACGAAUGAAGAGCGUGUGGGGCGAUGACUGCUUGGAGUUUAAACCCGAAAGGUGGUUAUCUGCGACUGGAGACCGGUUUGAGGCACCGAAGGAUGGUUACAAGUUUGUGGCGUUUAACGCCGGUCCAAGGACUUGUUUAGGCAAAGAUUUGGCAUACUUGCAAAUGAAAUCAGUGGUUUCUGCCGUGCUCCUUCGUUACCGGCUGUCGUUAGUUCCCGGUCACCGGGUGGAACAAAAGAUGUCAUUGACAUUGUUUAUGAAAAAUGGUCUAAAGGUAUACUUGCACCCACGCGAUCUUACCUCAGCAUAGGUCACCGGCCAUUUGAAGGGCAAAUUAUAUAUAUGAUAUAAUUUGUUGUUUUUGAGGUGGUUGUAUACUUUCAUAUAUCAA